CGAGAUUCGUUUCCGCCGUUCAUCCUCAAGUGACUGGCCUCGCAGUCAGGUCAACCUGUGCCUUUACAAGCGGCAUGUGGUCCGCGGGAUGCGAAAAAGGCGCCUUUCGCGGUAGAGCGAGCCCAAAGGCUUCCCUCAAUGUUCCCGCGCGAUAAUCCUCGAGGACAAAAUACAUCGACCGGUUUGCGCCGCAGUGACGGUAAAAUAAGAAGGAAAGAGUAGGACGGAGCGAAGCCAAUGCGAUGAGACUGGCUUGCGCCUACCAUCCUCGCUUUGAAGCUCGCUUGCUAAAAUAUGUCAUACCCUUCAAUCCCCCCUUACGGCAAUUACUACGACCCCACGACCCAGACCCAGAGCCAAAACAAGAGUCAGAGCCAGGGCAUGCAGAGUACAUACAUCCGUGGGAGACAGACGAGCGAGCGCUAUGGUAGUCAAGCCUCCUAUUCUAACGAUGUCCGACAGUCUCACUAUGGCCCAACGGCGUAUGACUGGUCGGAGCAGAAUCAGCAGAGCUUCCCGAACAGUCCGAGCCAACCACACACCCUCGACGAAUCCUCUCGAAGAAGUGUGAAUGCGCAAAGGUCUACUCAUGUGCAUAGGAGGCAGUCAUUGGUACAUGAAGCGCAAUCGUCACUGGGAGGCACUAUGCAGGGAAGCUAUCGGACCCAUUCCUCAAACCAGUCAACGCAGGGUCUGAACGGCCUGGCCUAUGCAUCGGGCUUGAGUGACUCGGGAUCGCAGCGGCGGGGUGACCGAACGCAACAAUCAAGUCUCCCUCCGGACUCAUCAUAUUCUGGCGCAACCGGAACGGAUCGUGCGCUGUCUACGGCCACCCAAAACAACGUGCGCCAGCACAACUCGUCGAAUCGACCGUCCGAUUACAGGUACCAGGAUAACUCGGCAUCAAUUCCUGGUCAGUCGCCACCUAUGCCUGCUGCAGCUGCGGCUCUCGCAGGUGCAGUCAGCCGCAAAUACCCACAAGCAUCGGCUUCACCGGUCUCAGAGGCUUCCAGCGCAGUAAGAAAUGGUGUGGUACAGAACCCAGUCUCACCAUUCUAUCAGUCAAAUCUGCCUCAAUCUCAAAGGCGAUCUUCUUCUCACGUCCAGCAGUCUCCUCAGUUGAGCAAUUCGAUAAGUGAGCGAGACCAGCGACAGGGAACGUCACAGGAUCAGGGCUACCAACAUGCCAGCACUACGAGUCAAGGAGCAGGGCCCUCUGCCAGCCAAAUUCAACAACAACAAAGACCACAAGGAAACAGUAUCUCAAAGCUUGUGACACAGUCCACCGAGGAAUACUCUCAACCACAAUACUCUACUACGAUAGAACCGCAAAACGUUAUGCCUAACUACAUCGACCCGGCACAAGUCUUCAAUCCAUAUGCCAGAGAACAUGAGAGAAGACGAAGAGCGGCUGAAGAAGCAGCAAAGAGGAAGGUUGAAGAGGAAGCCACUGCUGAGCGGAAGAAGGAAGAGGAAGCUGCAGCCGCCGAAAACCCACGACUCAACGAUGAAGCUGCAAAGCAGAAGCAGGCGGCCUCUGUACAGGCGAAGGCUACAAGUUCGAACAAGAAGCCAAAACGAAAUGACCGUCCGAUAACCAAUCAGAAAAUCUCUGGGGAGGGUACCGACGAAAGUGGACCGACUACCCAAUCUUCAGAACCAGACAUGGCAGCCGAGCUGAAAGCAAUGAUGGAGAAGAUGAAAGAUUUCCGGACUAAAGAUCCAGUGUUGUUCCAAAAGCUAUGGGAUGAUAUGCGAAAGCCCGCGGCCUCUGUACAGUCUCCGUCUUCGUCUCCUCGACUGGCUCAAGCUGCAAUACCUACCCCUCGGUCAAAAACCUCCAUUCCACACUUCACAGAUGAGCAGACCCCUGCCAAAAACCAGCAGAGAACGCCUGUACCGACACCAGCGCAUUCAAAUGGUUAUAAGGUUGUGGUCGAAAACAAUCUGGAAGCCUUACCUGAUCUAGGACGGUUUCCUGCCGAACGCCGGAUCCGGGCGUCCUACAACGUGAAAAAAGGUCCCAAUGCAGCUCGCGGCGCGCGUGAUGCCUCGAAACCGACGUCUGUACCACAUACGACUCCUCAAGCAAAGCCCCAUGCGGGUUCGCAACUUAGUGGAGAUCAUGUCAAUCCAAUUGCUCACGCUCAUCCUUCUACAAACGCUCCGCCCGCCCCUGCGCCAGUAUCAGCAGCCCCGUCACAGGCAAUAUCUGUGGAGUCUCCUGUUUUCACUCAGGGCCUUCCACCACGAACGGCUGACGGGGGCACAAUUUGGCCAGAGGAAAAGAGAAAUGCGCUGGCUGAAGCCGCUGUCAAAGCCUUGAAAUCAGUACCGGCUAACGAGGAAGUUGGGAUUACAGUAGCGGACAUUCAUGCAAUCCUCGAGAAAAAUCCUAGCUAUAUUGACUUGUGCGAAAUACUAGAAGGAAAAGGGUUCAAGUUUCACCGAGGCCAAUUUGCACGUCAGCUCUUGAGCAAAGUGCCGCGUUUGAAUGAUGCCUCCCAGAAAGCUCCACCAUCGCCAUCUCAAGCCCUACAUCCUUUCCCAGGACAGCAAAUUGAACCAAAGAUGACACCACCGAUGCCGAACAUUGCUCCCGCUGCGCCCUCACUGCAACCUGUGCCGCCCCAGAUCCCUAACCCAAUUACACGACCUAUUCCACCACCGACCAGCUUUCAACCAGUGAAUCAAAGAAACAGCCAUCCCAUGAAUGCAGUUGCACCUCCAGGGACCGUGAGGCCCCUUGCUCCUCAAUUCUAUCAAGGGCCGCGCCCGGCCGAGUACCGUCCGACACCUCCAAUGGGAGCACCGGUGAGAGCCGCAAGGUCAGGGUCGUCUACCAUGAUGAACAUGACCCGACGGGAAUUUCCGCAAGGCACCAAGGAAGCAAUGGCACGGAAGCGUGACUUUUCCGAAAUUGUGGAUUUGACGGCAUUGAGCGAUCACGAGGAUUAUGUCCUAUCGCGGAAACAAGCAAGAGUCGCCAGUGCAUCUCCGGAGCAUGAUCCUUUUGAGGAGUACCAGAAGAGUCAUAUGGGUUCGAUAGCACCGCCAACUACGACAUUACAGCCUCAGGGACCUUCCGCAAAUUGGUCCAUAGCCACAGAAACCGCUCCCGUCAAAUUCAACCCGAAUGAGACACCACAACAAGGACCAGGUCGCAACCGUCCCCUGCCUGCCACAGUUCCAGGACCAGCCCCUGCCUCAACUACCAAAAAGUCGUACAAAGCCUUGGCCAAACAGAUCAACAAGAAUGAAGCGCUGCAGAAGACUUAUUAUAAUCCAAAGACAGUAGCAAGGGACAUUCUUAUCGCGGCGGGUAGACAUCCAACAGAGAGGCCGCUGAAUGCGCAUAUGGCUGGGUUGCUUGGCAAGCUUAUUGACAUCGACUCUGACCUCAGUACAUUCGAUUGGGAUGCUAUUGAUCCUGGAGGGCCUGAUGUACCGCAGGUGGCACUGAUUGAGAUUCCCAUGGAGCCUCCGCGAUAUCAACUUGGACAAUAUGUGAAGAGGCAUGAGAAGACACCUGAACCACGCUUGUCCAAAUUGGGUAAGCGUGACACGCCUGCGCCUGUGGAGGAAACAUUCCCGCAACACUUCACGCCAAACGACCAUUCACUUUCACAUGGACGACUUCACCCGGAGUCAAACUCACCUUCCCUCGCGCAUCCAUCUCAUGGGCAGCGUGGGUCGGAUAAGGACACACUGAAACGUCGCCGACGAAAUUCUAGUGUCAUAUCCGGGGUCCGACGCCGCUCUGUUCGCUCUUCGUCGAUUCGUACCGAAGACAACACAAAACCAGUUCCCAACAUGGCAACCAUCUCUACCUUUCCAAGCGGCAAGAAGCGUGGACGUCCCUUUGGUUCCAAGAAUGUCAACUCCGGUGUCGCAGCAUUGAAGAGCGCGGCAACUCCGCCCACUCAGAUUUCUGUCAGUGUACCGUCUCAAACUUCCAAUCCCAAAUUCCGAUGCCGAUGGAAACGAUGCGGAGCCCACCUACACAAUUUCGAGACUCUGCGGCAUCACGUCAGUAAAGUCCAUUGCCCUUCAGCAGCUGAACUCCUAGAAAAUGGAUACGUGUGCUGGUGGAGAAGAUGUCAAUUCUUGGUAGAGGAUGCGUCUGGACUGGUCACGGCAUCAAAGUCCUUUGGUAACGAAAAGGCAUGGAUCAAACAUAUUGAGGAGGACCACCUAUACGAUGUUGCGAUGAAACAUGGGGAUGGUCCUUCUACCAAACACAUUGGUAAGCAAAAGUCAUCAAGUUUCGACGUGUCUCCAUUCUUGUACAAACCCAAGUCCAUACAGAAGGCUAGAACUUUUUCUUACUUAGACCCUCAGACUAUCGCCCAGGAUAGAGCUCGCUAUCUCUCGGAUGAACAGGGCCGUAGCACGACACCUGUAUCAUCGAUGAAAUCCCAAGACGAUCUUGAACUGGACACCUUCACUCUCAUCAAAGCGGAUUCCGACGAUCAUGAAAUGACUGCGCAGCGCAGUUUCAUGAGGACACAUCGCCAAACUGCCAAGAACAGCCCCAAGGCACUUGCAGAAGAGACGUUGAGAGCCAUGAGUGCCAGAAAAGCCAGUAUCGGACCAGGAUUGGAAAGAGCCGGGGCCAUCUUGGUUACUGAGGAGAGGAGGAAGACAUUGAUUCAAAAUCAAGGCCUCGCUCAGGUUGUGGAUCUUGAUCAUUGAAAUGGUGUGAUAGGUGAAGUAGCACGAGAGGAUGCUGCAAUGUGGGCUCAAAGCACAAACGCGACGGAUUUUUCGACGACACUCCAUUGACAGGUGCACAAGAUGGCGGUCCAACUCAGACAGGACAAAGGCAACGGAGACAGCCAAGCGAGGCGAGAGGAAAGGUCAUGCCGAAACGGAUCAAGAUAACGGCAGGCUUGGAUGCAACAAUGCGCGAUAGCCCUUACGAGUAAUGGGACCCAAGUGGAACGAACACACCAACGAACAUCAGUUCGUGGUUAAUCAAAUUUAGAAAUGCAAUAAAAAAGGUCAAAAACUUGUCCUCUGUAAAA